AAAAUCAGGCUAAACUAAACCUUUCUAGAAAUUACUAAAAUAAUGCUAUAAAAACAAUGCAACAGUGAUCAAAAGAAAUGUGAUUGAAAGUUAACAAUAGCGACAUAUAUAACAUAUUACUAAACCUAGCAUCCUUCGCUAGCUGCUUGAGUUAAUCCAUAAUAGCAGGAGUAACAAUUAUGUAUGUUGAUUAACUGCGAAUAACCCAAUCAAUAACAGAUAUCCAUUGUAAUUUACAUCAAUACAUUACCCCCCCCCCCCGGUCUUCGUAUCGGAUCUGCUUACAAGCGACGACGUCACAUUUAUCCCCCGUCUACGUCUAUUAAAGACCGAAACAGGGGAAGGAUUUCACCACAACUCUGGCUGUCACCUGACGAGGCGGGUUGUUGUUGUAGUUACAGGCGAAACGUCACGGUACUUGAAUUGUAAAUGUUUUGGGUUUACUCUCCAACACACCGAUGUGCUGAAUUAGUCACUAAUUGGCAUGUUUUGUUUACGUGACAAACUUGACUAAGAUUUACGCGAUCUAACCCAAACAAACAAAAACACCCUCUAAUAAGUAAAUAUUUGUAUUAAUUCCACGAAUGGACCUUGGCCUGGGACUGUGGGGAUUGAGAAGUUAUGGAUGCAGCUUCUGUUUGUGCUGCCAUCAGAAUGACCAACAAAUAAAUAAAUAAUACACACGGAUUGGUGACUACAGUACUAGACCCCCAGUGCUUUUAUAUUUAAAAGUGUAUGUGCUUUGUGGUUGCUUUAUUGCGCAUGUUGUUCAUACUGUGUAACACUUGUUUGAACGCAGGUGAUGGGGUUGUCCAUGUUGGGUGUCAUUACAGCCAAAAACAAGCAGCAGUACGAAGACCAGGACGCCGUGGCCGACCAUGAGGACGGAAAUUGGCCUCGCCCGGUCACAACGUACGACAGCAGUACAGUGGAGGAAUACGUGCGCAGCUUGCUGGACAACCCUGAGUUGAUUGACCGUCUGGCACUGGCCUCGGAGCAGGAUGUGGUGGAGUCCCGGGUAAUCUUCCCCAAACAUCUCCCGCUGUCCCAGCUGCAGCAAGGUGUGCGCUCCGGCCGGUUUGUCCAGGGAACCUUCCUUGCGAGUCGUGAGAAUUACCUGGAGGGGACUCUGAGGGUGCGAGGGGAUGGUGACAGUGAUAAAGAGGUACACGUUUCACAAGCCUGCUUCUGGAAGGAACAAUGCUGUUCGAUCGUAUCUGUGAGUUUUAAAAACAAAUUUACAAUGAAGCAGUGGCAUAGCGUUCUUGGCAUGAGCAGUAGCUCUUAA